AUGGGUGCGGCCGAAUCCAGCGUUUACGUUUAUCUGGGCCAGAAGGAUGGUACCGAUCGAGUAAAAGGCGUGUAUACUUUAAAAGUUAGUCGAAUUACCCCAAAAAUUUGUAAAAAUUUUGAAAGGGUACAUUAUCGGAUCAACUAUAACAAGAAACCAUCAAGAGACCUUAUUGGUCGAAAUCCUUAUUAUAAUGUGUCAAUUUGUUCCGGUACUGACUAUUAUAACAAAGGAAAUUGUAUAUUUCGCUACUAUUGCACUUGUGAAAAAAAAAUUAUAAGGGCCGUCAAUGUAUAUUACUCUUCUCUUCUACCUAAUGAUCCUUUGAUCAUUGUAUUCAUUACAAAAGACUUUCACGGUUACAGAUUCACUUAUAGUAACCUAAAGACUCGGUCCUAUGCAUAUUCUUAUGAUUUCAUAACUCAAACUUUUCGCAAAUCAGUUAAGGAGCAGUUGCCAUUAGAAUACAAUAACAAGUCAGGGGGUAAGAAGAUAACGUUUAUUUUGGAAAAAAAGACGAAUACGAGUGUAAAUAAAGAUCGACAGCCUAUAUUGAAAGAUAAUAAGUUCAAGAAAACGAUUUAUACAUCAGGGUGUAGUCAAUGUAAAGUGUAUUAUUCCGAUUUAUUUGAAUAUAAUACACAAAUUGAUAUUGAUAAAUUUGAUUGUUCUAAAGAAUUUACCGUUCCAAAAAACUUUAUCGAUUCUUAUUUUCUGAAACACGUUGAAAAUAAGGCAUUGGAUGGUAUAAUUGUGUAUUAUACUGCUUCAGCCAAUAGACCAGAGAAUGUUAGUUAUCUAGUUGAGUUUAUUGAUUCUUGUAACGACAAAAGCCAGUAUGUACGAAAGGACAAGUUUAGUACUUACUGGGUUAAAGAAGAACAUAAUUACAAGAAUGAAAACGAGCUCAGUAAGAAUUUAGAUCAAAUAAAGAAGAAAGCAGAUGAAAAUGAUGUCUUAACAUACAUUAUAGAGAAAAAAGAAAAAUAUUUUUGUGUUGAAGUUAAAAAUAUAACCGAUAAUAAAAAGCCUAAUACACAAGAUGGCUUUUCAAAAUAUUCACACACAUCCAAAAGAAAAGGUGUUAAACCUAAUAUUGUUUUAAAUUUACAAAUUUUAAAACAAGAUGGUAAGGAAUUUACACAUCAAUUAGAAGGUUUGGAAGCAUAUUUUUUGAAAGAUAAAGAAAAAAAGGAGGAUGACACGCCCUUUUUAAUUGUUUUUCAACAAGCUUCAUCACUUAAACCGCCUGAUACCUCUACUGUUGACAUGAUGUAUAUUUCAAAACCCUGCGAAGACCCUAGGGAAUGGAAACUGAUAGUACUAACUGAAGAGGUUUUAAAGGAGAGACUGGAACAGAUAGAAAAAAUUCCAAGAGAAAAAACAAUUAAAGAAAAGGUAACAGAAAAAGAAAAGGAUAAGGGUAAAGAACGGGGAAAGGAAAUAGGAAAAACUGUCCCUAAGACAUUUAAGGAACUUAGAAAGGAGGCUUGUGAUAUUUUAGAAAAGGCAGUGACUGUUCCAGGUUUUCCCUCUAAACCUGGUCCACCAACUGUACCCCCUGGGAAGCCAAAAGUUCCUGACGAAGAAUAUGGGCUGACCUUAUCGCAGAAAAUUGUAAUUACUAUAGGAGCUGUACUUGCUUCGAGUGUUGUUGGUGGCAUUUCUUAUGGAGUCUACUGGUACCAGACUACUAUUAAGCUGCUGACAUAA